AUGUGCAAGAAAAUUGACCAUUUUCCUGAGGAUGCCGAUUAUGAACAGGACACGGCGGAGUACUUACUGCGUGCUGUACGUGCUUCCAGUAUCUUCCCUAUCCUUAGUGUGGGUCUUCUCUUUUUUGGAGGUCUGUGUGUAGCUGCCAGUGAGUUUUACAAGAAUAAGCACAAUGUGAUCCUGAGUGCAGGAAUCUUCUUCGUCUCAGCAGGGCUAAGCAACAUCAUUGGAAUAAUUGUCUACAUUUCAGCCAAUGCUGGUGAUCCCGGUCAAAGUGACUCCAAGAAAAGCAACUAUUCCUAUGGCUGGUCCUUUUAUUUUGGGGCACUUUCCUUUAUUAUUGCAGAGAUGGUUGGCGUACUAGCAGUACAUAUGUUCAUUGAAAAGCAUCGGCAAAUAAGAGCCAAAUCCCACUCUGACCUCUUCAAGAAAUCUGCCUUUACCCGAAUACCCAGCUACCGAUAUCGCUUCCGCCGGCGCUCCAGCUCUCGCUCGACUGAGCCCCGUUCUAGAGACCCUUCUCCUGUUGGCAAAAGUUUCAAUCCCAUUCCCACCAGUGACAUCUCCCUCUAUACAUUAACAGCCCGGGAUCCCACCAAGAUGACUGUUGGUUCUUUAUUAAACUCUGAAAGAGAGCACAACUUUCUCCAAGUUCACAAUUCAAUUCCUAAAGACUACAAGGAGUCUCUACAUAACAAUCCUUCCAAUAGGCGCACAACACCAGUUUGA